UGGGUCCUAUGGGGAAAACGGCAGCAGCGCCGGGCGCAAAAAGCAAGCGCCGCGCGAAGGUCAUGCGAGCGCGUCCGGCGACGGGCAGGUGACCAUGCACCAUCCUAGAGCCGGAGAAGGCGCGGGAGCGAGAGGAACGGGAGGAGGACGAAGUUGUGGUGGAGCAGCGGGAGCGAGUCGGGAGGCGUUGUAUUGGGCGGAAGAAAGACGGCCAUCCAGACUCCGAUUUCUUUACUGCGAAGGACAGACUGUGACAGGUUAUCCUUUGUGUCUCCCUUUCUGUUUCUUUUUUUUUCCCCUCUCGAUCUCAUUUUCUUGUCCUUUCUUUCUCUUCUUAUCAUCAGUUUGAUGAAAAUGAAAAAGAAGCUAUAGAUACUAAAUGACCGUCCAUUUUGUCUUUGUUUGGGCAGGGUAGGACAGGGCGAGGGGGAGGGGGAGGGCGAGGGCGAGGGGGAGAACCACCUGUUCCUGUCUGUCUGCAGGUUACUUAGGCGUGCAACGAGCGAAGAGCCACACAUACAAUACAUAUGCGGUGGUCACAUAAGUCACUGCCUCAUUUCACCCGAGCAACAGGCAUCCGUUCUUGUAGACUGAACCUGUGCAAGAUCGUGCCCGUGAGAAGGCCCGCGUUGUGAAGGUGUGUUGUGUCGAUAAACCCCCCAAAAAAGGAAAAACAGAGAGAAAGGGCAGAGUAGAAGUGGAAGGAGUAGGAGGCAAGGUGUGUUGUCGAUAACCCAAAAAAAAGGAAAAACAGAGAGAAAGGGCAGAGUAGGAGUGGAAGGAGGAGGCGGCGGCGGCGGCAGAGGAAGGGCUGGGGGAGAGAGGAGGGGGAGGGAGGGACAGUUUCUUUGCAUAUUUGGGGUUCGAUACGGGAGGUGACAGCUCCGACGUGCAGGCCGCUUGUGUAACUUAGUAGCGCGAAUGGCGAUGGCGGCGAGCAUGAGCGUCGCUGGCACUGCCGUCCCGGCGGCUUACGUGGAAGCUGGGACCUGGGGUAAAAGCAGCACCACACUGGACACAUGUAGUCUUCUUAGCUGUCGCCGCCAGAGCGUACCGGGGGCAUGCAUGGAUGCAGCCGGGAGAGGGAGUAGGGAGAGAGGGCUUGCGGCAUGGAUGGGCUCUCGUCGCUGCCCCGAUUGUUUCUACUGGUCCAUGUCGUCAUCGGUAGUUGGGAGGAGGGGAUCGAGAUCGAGAUUGGGUGCCAGAUUAGGCAGUGCAGCGGCCGGAGCAGCGGCGGAGCAAUUCCUCUCCGGUCAGCGAUUGGUUCUCGACCCGAAGAAGGAGGAGGAGGAGGGAGGCUUUGUCCCAACCGGCAGCGAUGUCGGCUGUGCGCCGAGGCAACAACGACGCAGGUCCCGGAUGAUGGUGCGACGUGUCGUCCGAGCAGGCCUUCGGGAGGUCCAGAGGCAGCGAGAGGAGCAGCAGGAAGAGGACUCCGCGGCGGCCGGUGAAAAUGGAUCUUGGGGGGGGGAGAUUUUCCAAAGCACCUCCUCCUCCUCCAUCGACAGAGCUUCGCUGGCUACCAUGGUGUCCAAUAUGCGCCGCAAGGCGCCAAAAGGCUUGUUCCCGCCGGAGCCGGCCAAAUACAACGGACCCAAGCUCCGUGUUGCGAUCGUGGGAUCCGGACUAGCUGGCAUGUCGACAGCCGUCGAGCUGUUAGACCAAGGUCAUGAAGUUGAUAUCUUCGAGGGCAGGCCGUUUAUUGGCGGGAAAGUGGCCAGCUAUAAGGAUAAGAACGGCAAUCACGUGGAGAUGGGAUUGCACGUGUUCUUUGGCUGCUACAACAACUUGUUUCGCUUGAUGAAUAAGGUUGGCGGGGACAGAAAUCUGCUUCUGAAAGAUCACACCCAUACCUUCAUUAACAGGGGGGGAGGGGUGGGGGAGUUAGAUUUCCGCUUCUUUACAGGGGCUCCAUUGCAUGGGAUCAAGGCCUUCUUAUCGACAAACCAGUUGUCUUUUGGCGAUAAGGUUCAAAACUCCCUGGCACUGGCAACCAGUCCCAUCGUCCGGGCUUUGGUGGACCCUGAGGGGGCCAUGCAGGACAUCCGCGACUUGGAUAAGGUUAGUUUCACCGAGUGGUUUUUGGGACAAGGGGGGUCCCGCGGAAGCAUCGAUCGGAUGUGGAACCCCGUCGCCUACGCUCUCGGCUUUAUUGACUGCGACAACAUAAGUGCUCGCUGUAUGCUGACUAUCUUCGCCUUCUUCGCUACAAAGACUGAGGCCUCUGUGCUACGAAUGCUCAAGGGGUCGCCCGACAACGGGUUGAGUGGACCUAUCAGGAAGUACAUAGAAGAUCGAGGUGGCCGCUUCCACGUUCGCUGGGGCUGUAGGGAGAUUCUCUACGAGGAACAGCUUGAUGGCUCUGCCGUCGUCACCGGAUUGGUGGUAGGGAAGAGCACGGAGAAGAAGGUCGUGAAGGCGGACUGCUACGUGGCCGCCUGUGACAUUCCGGGGAUCCAGAGACUUCUUCCCAAGCGAUGGCGGGAAUGGGAGUUCUUCGACAACAUAUACAAGUUAUCAGGUGUGCCCGUUGUGACGGUCCAGCUCCGGUACGACGGUUGGGUCACUGAAAUGCAAGAUAUCCAACGGUCGAGAAAUUCAAAAUCUGCGGUGGGCAUCGACAAUCUUCUCUACAGUGCAGAUGCUGACUUCUCCUGCUUUGCUGACCUUGCUUUGACCAGCCCCGAGGACUAUUACAAGGAAGGGGAAGGCUCUCUUCUGCAGUGUGUCAUCACCCCUGGAGACCCGUACAUGCCUCUCAGCAACGAGGAAAUAGUCCGCAGGGUCAACGAGCAGGUCUUCAAGUUGUUCCCAUCUUCUAGAGGUCUGAACCUCACCUGGUCUAGUGUUGUUAAGAUCGCCCAGUCUUUGUACCGAGAGGCGCCUGGCAUGGACCUUUUCCGCCCCGAUCAGUCCACUCCCGUUCCCAACUUCUUCCUCUCUGGCAGCUACACCAAACAAGAUUACAUCGACAGCAUGGAGGGUGCUACCUUGUCGGGCAGGCAGGCUUCCACCAAGAUUUGCCAGGCUGGCCAAUUACUCUAUGACCUUUCUCAGAGUCUGACAGCGAAAGCUGCCCAGCAGCAGGAGCAACAGAUCUCAGGCGAGUCCGAUCAGCAGCUGCAACACCAGAAAGAGGAGGAUGAGGAGGAGCUACUCACCUUCGUCUAAUCUCUCUCUCUCUCUCUCUCUCUCUCUCUCUCUCUCUCUCUCUCUCUCUCUCUCUCUCUCUCUCUCUCUCUCUCUCUCUCUCUCUCUCCCCCUC